UGGGGGAGAUGAAAGUGUCAAAGAAGUGAUAAGGAAAGAAUAUACCAAUAUGGGACCAAUCAGUUUUGCAGAGAUCUUAGUUUCUAUUCACUUUGGUGUGCUGGCAUUACUGUGGAUAACACGAGAUCCUGGAUUCGCACCAGGGUGGGGAAAUUUAUUUCCUGAUAAAUAUGUAACAGAUGCCACCCCUGCCAUGCUGAUUGCCAUUUCCUUAUUCAUGUGGCCGAGCCAGAGACCAAGGUUCCUCUGCUGCAAGGAUAGAAAUGAUUCCAGUGAGAUUUCCCCAGUUCCCUCACUUCUGGACUGGGCCACCUUGAACAGGAAGAUGCCAUGGAGUGUGGUCCUGCUGUUAGGUGGGGGGUUUGCCCUGGCUGAUGCUGCCAAGGUAAUGUUAGGUAGGGGGUUUGCCCUGGCUGAUGCUGCCAAGGUAAUGUCAGGUGGGGGGUUUGCCCUGGCUGAUGCUGCCAAGGUAAUGUUAGGUUGGGGGUUUGCCCUGGCUGAUGCUGCCAAGGAGUCAGGGCUGUCCUCUUUAGUUGGCAAUGCCCUCAGUACUUUUGCAGGCAUACCAGCUUCUGCACUAGUGGUAAUACUGGGGGCUAUAGUGGCCUUCCUCACAGAAGUGACCAGUAACACUGCCACAGCCACACUUAUUAUACCCAUACUGGGAGAACUGUCUAUCCAGAUAGGUGUCCAUCCCCUGUACCUGAUAUUCCCUGCCACUUUGGCCUGUUCCUUUGCCUUCAUGCUACCUGUGGCCACCCCUCCCAAUGCUAUCGUCUUCUCCUACGGGACUCUCAGAGUAAGGGAUAUGGUGGUUGCUGGGAUAGGUAUGAAUAUCAUGUGUCUUGCUGUGGUUGCCUUGGCAACUAACACUUGGGGCUUAGCCUUCUUCAAGCUGGGAGAGCCCCCACAGUGGGUUAAGGAUCAGCAUACAACAGUUCCAACUUCUCCAGCAUUUACAGGCAUUGCUAGCACCAUCUACAGUUUUCAAAACUGCACUGGCCUAACAUAAAGAUUAUAUUAAUUUUCAUACUGAUUAUUAAAGAGUAUUAUGGACAAUUGCAGAUUGUGUUGACUCACAAUGCAAAAAGAUUUCUUCACAUUUUUGAUUCAGCUACAUAAAAAUUUUAUAAACAUUGAUUUUUCAAAAA